AUGGCUGACAUUCUCACACAGCUCCAAACAUGUCUCGACCAGCUAGCCACGCAAUUCUACGCAACUCUUUGCUAUCUGACUACUUACCAUGAUCACAUUCCUGCCGACUCUCCCCCUCCAUCCGCCAACAGAACUAAUGCCAUGCCAUCCUUGGCCAAAAUCCCUCGCAACCAGCCAAACGCAACGCCCGUGCCAGCCGAUGCGGUGGCGAAACAAAGCGCAGAACAGCAAGGACAGGGCUCGCCUUCGGUAGGAGCUGCUGUUCCGGUAGAGGCUUCGACUCUUCCUCCAGGUGCAGGGCCAGCGACGCCGGUCAUUCCGGGGCACGGAGAUCCUAAUCAACCGCCGCAGCCGGAUUCACCAGAGUUGUUUGCGUAUAGACAAAGAGAACUAGCACGAGAUUUGAUAAUUAAAGAACAGCAAAUUGAAUACCUAAUCAGCCGCCUUCCGGGGAUCGGUUCGUCGGAAGCCGAGCAGGAGGCACGCAUUCGUGAAUUAGAAGAUGAGUUGAGACAGGUCCAGGAUAAGAAAGAGCGAAAGGCACUGGAACUGAAAAGGUUGAGCAAGAAACUCGAAGCGGUGUUAGGAACUGUGGAAAGGGGUAUUUAUGCGGAACGAGAAGGUGGUGAGAAUUAA